AUGGCCAGUAACCCAGGUCGAGCGGACAAUUCGGACACUGGAGCGGCAUCUACGGGGGCGGCCCCGGCUGCGAAGGAGCGAGAGCCUGGUGAGAUUACACCACGACGAUCACCAUUAAUCGUGGAACACGCUGAGCAGUGGGUCGAACGGGAUGGCGACUUUGUAUUCGACAGGACAAAGAUCAUCAUCCGACAGGGAGAUUCUGUCUUCAUGGCUACAACGGACAAGAUGGAGUCAGGGUUGAAAGGAUUGGACGUAGAGAACCUCGAGCGCAAUCGGAUCCCUCCGGAGCACUUCUGCCCACAAUUCAAGGAAGGCCUCACGCGCGCAUCGGUGCCCCUCCCUGAAGAAAUAUAUGUCAAGAGGCCCAGGCUUCUGGCUUGGGAUUCUGAACACCAUGGCAACAUCGCCGCUCUCGUCCUGCAGGAAGCUGAAGUGUGCGAGAUUCUCAAGAAGCACCCGCAUCCAAAUCUUGCGCAGUAUCAUGGAUGCCUCGUCGACAAUGGCAGGAUCACCGGGCUUUGCUUUACGAAAUACAAGUCGGACCUCGAGAAAACGUUGUCAGAGAGGAAGGAUAUUACCGAGAAAGAAAAGCUUGGCUACAUCAAGGCUAUUGGAGACGGCAUUCACCACCUCCACCAGCUGGGACUCGCGCACAACGACAUUAACCCGUCUAACAUCAUGAUGGACGGCGAGAAGCCCGUCAUCAUAGACUUUGAUUCUACUAGGCCGAUUGGGGAGAAGCUCGGGGACAAGGCUGGGACAUUCGAAUGGGAGUUGGAGGGAGCAGAGUUGUCCGAGCCUGGGAACGACUUGUACGGUCUGAACAAGAUCCAGGAAGAGGUUGAAAGAACCCGGUGA